GGGACGGAAGAGGCGCGGGGCGGAACAUGGCGCGUGCAGAACCACCCCCAACUUUUUCUGUGAGAGAUUCGGCAGAGCUAACGAAAGCGGGGGACAGGGGGCGGGGUUUCCGCUUCCGGCGCAGAGGCGGACCGUUGCGUUCCGUUGAGCGAAGGCGUUGGACACCGUGAGGGAGACGUUGUCUGGUCUGUCCCUCAGGGAAGAUGGGUCGAAGAAAGUCGAAGCGAAAGCCUCCUCCUAAGAAGAAGAUGACCGGCACCCUGGAGACCCAGUUCACCUGUCCCUUCUGCAACCACGAGAAGUCUUGUGACGUAAAAAUGGACCGAGCUCGGAACACCGGUGUCAUAUCCUGUACCGUGUGCCUCGAAGAAUUCCAGACUCCCAUCACGUAUCUUUCGGAGCCCGUGGACGUAUACAGUGAUUGGAUAGAUGCCUGCGAAGCAGCUAACCAGUAGCAGCCCUCGCUCGUAGUGAUUUUAACAUGAGGCAGUUAAGGCACUUCAGGAAGAAUGUGUCUUAGUAUUUUCCAUUCAAGAAUCAUUCUUGCACGCCCAUGCGCGUGCGUGUGUUUUUGUGUAGAGAUUUGUUUCUUCUCCCUCCACCCCUGCCGGCCCUCUGUCUUGGCUAACUGUUCCCCCCCAGUGCCCUCCCUUGCCCUCCCCCCCCUUAGCUUAAGAAGGAAGGCAGCUGUUGGACUCAGCCCUCGAGUUUGAAAACUUCCUGUUGAUGUUGAGACUGUCACUGUGCCUGAACCUAGAGCCAAUUUUUUUUUUCUUCUUUUUUCUACUCUGAUUUAUGGUCCCCUCUGGGCCGUGCUCCCCAGGGUAGCUGUCUUCUGGUGUUGAGCGAGGAAGACCUAGAUCCCAUCUCUUUUCCCCUAGUAGGGUUUUAGCUCCCCAGUCAACAGGAGGCGCUGUUUCCCCACGGAAUAGCCACCGAGCCACUGGCUCUGCAUUUUAGUGGAUCGGCCUCUGAGCCAGAGCCCGGCAAGUUGGAAUGUGCCCCCCCCCCCCCCCCCCCCGAAGUGUCUUCUGGCAGGGAAGUGCUCAUCUGCCUUUGCCCUCCGCUUGGCGGGUCAAGUCAGGCAACUGCCGUCGACUUCUCUUUUGGGCGGAACCAACGCUUGUCCACCCCUGUCGCCUCCAGAGCCGAUCUGUCUUUUUAAAUCCUCCAGACUGCCCCAGUUUGACCGGAAGGGCAGGCUGAGGGAGCAUCCGGGGGCUCUGCCCUGCUGGCUUGGUGCUCCAGAAGGGGCCUAGGAUGAAUGGCUCUUAAAUUUGACCAGUUCCGGGACAAUAGCCCCAGGCUCCCGAGAUAGAAUGGGGGAGUCUUUUUCCAGAGCUCGUGGAGAGCAGUGACAGGUAGAGGGAACACUGUUACAUCCAACUGCCUCUCUUCUUCUGGCCUACCACCUCUGUCCUGUCUCCUUAUCCCAGUUCCCCAGGUGAUUGUCAUUGCCUUUGAACCUUGUGUAAUGUGUAAAUAGUGCUCUAGUGCCCAAAUGAAAAUGGGACUUUUUAAAAUUAAAAAAACCAAACAGGGUUGGAUAGGAACUUUUCAGUAACUUCGUUUAAUAAAGCAAAAAUGGAGUCACCCA